AUUCUUCGUGUAACAAUUCAGAUAGCUUUGAAGAACAUAAUAUAGUUUUGUAGUGAGCUAAGUUUGAAAGAAAAAUGGUGCCGGCAAUUCGUAGGUUUUUAAUUUCGCGAUUCGUUACAUGUCAAUAUUUUUGAUGGUAAACAUUUCGACGAUUUGAUACGAUGGUCAAAGGCUGUAGUCGCCGAGUCGCGCCGCCCAUCUCGCUGUCAGCCACACUGGAGGACCCCGCUGUCUCGUGGAAGGGGCCACCCCCAGAGCCCCAGUCGUUCACAGCAAACUCUGCACAGAACUUUUCAAGCCCCAACACGGGUUACCAAGGGCCUCCCUUUCAGGGGCCUCCGGCUGGGGCAGGUUCCCCGGCCGGAGCCCCACCUUACUCGGGAGGACCCCCACCGGGCUCAUCUACGCCCCAGUAUACCGCAUCACCCGCUCCCUCUGGAUCGUCGACACCGGGUCCUGGCCCACCCCAGCCCGGAUUCCCCCCACCUUCUAACUCAGCCGGACCUCCUUACAACGGUCCUGGUCCCUUUGGUUCUCCAUCAGGAGGUGGCCCUCAGUUUGUCGGUCGACCGAGUUCUUCCGGGCCUCCGUUCGUGGGUGGUCCCCCUGGAGGAGGUAACCCCCAUUUCGCCUCGCCUGGACAGCCUUUCGGUGGACACCAAUUUGGAAUGCCCCCUGGCUCGCCGUUCAGUCAUGGACCUAUUCCGGGACCCAUACCUGCCCAUGGGAUCAUGCCUGGACAGAUACCUGGACCAAACCCUGUUGAUAGGAUAGACCAGGGAUGUGUCCCUGUUCCCAGGAGGCAUACGCCGUACUUCGGCCAGCCGGACUACCGGGUCUACGAGCUCAACAAGAGGCUGCAGCAACGCACCGAGGAAAGUGACAACCUUUGGUGGGAUGCGUUUGCAACAGAGUUUUUUGAAGACGACGCAACCCUCACGCUUACAUUAUGUUUAGAAGAUGGACCUAAGAGAUAUACAAUAGGAAGGACGCUGAUCCCCCGGUACUUCAGGAGUAUAUUCGAAGGUGGUGUGACCGAACUGUAUUACAACCUGAAGCACCCGAAGGAAUCGUUCCACAACACGAGUAUUACAUUAGACUGUGAUCAAUGCACCAUGGUGACUCAUCACGGCAAGCCCAUGUUUACCAAGGUGUGCACGGAAGGCAGGCUGAUCCUGGAGUUUACGUUUGACGACCUGAUGAGGAUCAAAUCGUGGCACCUGGCUGUGAGGACGCACCGAGAGCUUGUGCCUCGCUCCGUGGUAGGUCUUCAUACUCAGCAGGACCCCGGCAUGUUGGACCAACUCACCAAGAAUAUCACGCGGCAAGGCAUCACCAACUCUACCCUUAACUACCUCAGGUUGUGCGUGAUCCUUGAGCCGAUGCAGGAGCUGAUGUCGAGACACAAGGCGUACGCGCUGCCGCCACGAGAUUGUCUCAAGACAACGCUGUUCCAGAAGUGGCAGAGGAUGAUUGCCCCGCCGGAGUCUCAACGACCAGCUAACAAGAGGCGGAAACGGAAAGGCUCUCAGAGCGGUGGGGCUGCCAACAACGCACCUCCUGUACCCAACAAGAAACGCUCCCCGGGGCCAAACUUCUCUCUGGCUUCUCAGGAUGUGAUGGUGGUGGGUGAACCGUCUCUAAUGGGAGGAGAGUUUGGGGAUGAGGAUGAAAGACUGAUAACACGGCUGGAGAACACGCAGUACGAUGCAGCCAACAGCUUGGACCACGAAGCUCACAGCUUCACCGAGACGGGGCCCAACUCGUGGGGGGGCGGGGGUGAGCGGGGGCCCCCCCAACAGACCACCCCCUCCAGUCAAGACUCGGACAAGAAGUCCCCCGCAGUCAGUCAGUGAUACAAGCCCCUACAGUAAUCUCACUAUCAGUAUUGGACUGCUUCGCUUCUAGCAGACGGUGACCUUUUUCUAUAUUUAUUUUCUAGACAGAGCCAUUGACUGUGCCCGGACUGUAAAUCGCAGCAAGCCAAGUUCCUGCCUUUACCAAAGUUCUGCGUACUGGUACGCGACACCAGCUAAACAGUGGUAGACAGAGAGAACACGAGUGAUGUGAUUACCAUGCUGUGGUGCUUGUGUCCAGGGAUCACACUGUUUUAACUCGGACAUCACAACGUUUUAGCACAAAUCGGAGAUCACCAACUCUAACUUUUAUUUUCCUUUUGUGGGGUAAUGUAGUUUUUUAGUAAUUCCAAUCUGACUAGGGCCUAUAUUAUCGUGCUGAAAAUUCUAUGGAUUGUUUGUUUAGGUUUUAUAACUAGUCAUCAGCAAGGUGUUAAUUUAUUUUGUAAAAAAUAACUAAUUUAAAAAAUUUUAAAUGAUUCAAACAUUCCAAUCUUUCUUCCCUUUAUUUUUGUUUUAAGAACAUAUACGUUUAUGGAUAACAUUUUAUCAGUAGUCUUAGCAAAUUGAACGUAAAUUUUUAUGUUCUGUUAAAAGUAGAUUAGUUUGUCUCAACAUUGUGGUUCCUUUGAAACAUAAGAGUGAAUAUGGCGAGUUGCAAAAUGAUAGUUCAUCACAUUGUUAUCCAAUCAUCACCCUUAAUUUCCUAAAAGGCAUAUUGUUUAUGUAUUAUACUUUUAUUUGUAAAUGUGGAUAAAGAAACUUUGUAGUUAGAUGUAAUAGCAACUUCUAUAUUAUGUAAAUUAUUAUUGUUAAAGUAACAAGUUUAUGUUUUCAAGAUGAAUGGAAAAUAAAUGUUCAUUAACUUGUACAAAGCGCAAGGAGUUCAACUAUACAAACUGAUAUAACAAAAUAUUUAAGUAAAACUUUUCCCAAGCCUC